AUGGAAGAAGACGGAGGGGAAGUGCGAGGCCGAGAGGGGGCCCGGGCUGCGGUCACGCCGCGAUCGCCGGCCGCUCCAGCGCUGCGCGAUCGCGCCGCUCCGGCGGCAAGUGGGUCGCGGGGGCUGGCGGCGCCAAACCCGUUCGCCGGCGCUCGCACGUCGAGGAUUUCCAGGGGGGCGGGCGGUACCGUCUGCGGCGGCAGGAGGGACCCCGCCGCCUCCGGCGCGACGCCGCGGACGCGCCCGCCGCCUCCGCGCCUCAUCGACGCGCCUGUCCCGGAGCGCGGCCGCGCAAGGGGAGCAUGUCUCGCCGACGCCGGGACAGGUUCAACGAACUCCGCGUGCGGCAGCAGCGGCGCGCGCGAGGCGCUUCCGUCGCCCACAACCCCUCGCGGCGGAUGCGGACGCGCGCGCUGCGUGUUUUUUGGGGAGGAAGCACGGUCCCCCGCGAAAGUGUCGGGUGAGGGCCGGCGAAGGCGACGUAGAAGCACAAGCAGAAGCAGCCGCCAGCCGCUGCGCGCCCCCUCUGCCGCCCCUCGUCUGGCUGCGACGCGCAGACUGGAAUCAGCUGAGAGCAGAGUGGGGAGACACGGUACACGUGGCCGCUGGAGCUGGAGCUGGAGCCAGCUGACGGCGGCGAGGGGAGCCCAGAUCCGACCGGAAGUAACGGGGGAGCGCGCGCCCAGCCGCCCACCAAAAACUCGAGGCGUUGAACCGCCGGGGCGCGGCAGCCCUUCCUCUGCCACCUACUCCGAGGACGCAUCGCUCGCACUCCCAAGAUGUGCGGCGUGUUUCCUGGGGGCCUUUAGCUACCACACAGCUUUCUACCAUUUACUCACAUAA